UUCAGCAGCCGCGAUUCAGGCUCUGAAUUUCUGCUCAGCUUCUGGUGUUACAGUUAUAUGCGUACACCGCUUAGAAAAGACAUUGUAAAAAAUUCACCUGGGCAGAAAAAUGAACUCAAAACGAAAGCAUUUAAACAUCCAGAGCCAGGGCACAGGAAAGAAGAAAGAGAAGCGAGAAGAAGAAGUCGGAAUUUCAGAUGUAAUCAACGAAGAAGUGGUAAAAAACAGAGUGCGAGAGACUUGGAGAAGGAAAGAGCGAUACUCGCAUGAAGCAGGUAUAGAAGUGGAUGCAAACCCAUUCCCCCACUGCAUAAUAAAAGACUUCAUUCAGAGUCAGAGCUUCCUUGAAGGGCUGCAGAAAGAGCUUCUGGACCUGAACUUCCAUCAGAAAUCCAACGACCUGUACAAGUUUAAACAGUCAGCUGACUUAAAAAAGAGGAAAGACUCCCAUAUUUCAGCUUUGAGAAAGGUGCUGUUUGAACAGUUUCGGUCCUGGCUCUCGGAGAUCAUGCAGGUGGAGCUGGAGAACACUGUGGACAUAUCCUGUGCAAAGUAUGAAUACACCGAUGUUCUGCUUUGUCACGAUGAUGAGUUGGAAGGAAGGAGGGUAGCAUUCAUCCUUUAUCUAGUUCCCCCGUGGGACAGAAGUGAUGGAGGCACCCUGGACUUGUACAGCACAGACGAGCAUUGCCAGCCUCAGCAGAUAGUGAAGUCCCUGCUACCCUCUCUCAACACGUUAGUGUUCUUUGAGGUGUCGCCUGUCUCCUUCCACCAGGUGUCUGAAGUGACCUCGGAAGGGAAGCGGCGGCUGUCCGUGAGCGGCUGGUUUCACGGGCGCUCGUUGGAGAGACCCCCCCGGUAUAUGGAACCCGCGCAGCCCCGGACCCCACACAUACCACGUGACGAGUCUCUGCUCUAUGAGUGGGUGAACCCCCAGUACAUGGACCUGGCUUACCAGGCACAGGUGCAGGAGGAGUUUGAGGAGAGCUCUGAGAUUCUCUUAAAGGACUUUCUCAAGGCAGACAAGUUUGACAUGGUGUGUGAAGCUCUACGAAAGUCAGAUAUUGUUUGGAAAAGAAGAGGACCUCCUAACAAAAGGUGCUAUGAGUGUGCGGAGGAGGCUGCCCUACCAGAGUGUGUGAGUCAGUGCUGGGAGCUGCUGGCCUCGGAGGCCAUGUUCCUGCUGCUCUCCAAUUUCACUGGGCUCAAGCUGCACUACCUGGCGUCCGGAGAUGACGACGAAGAAGAUGAUGAUGAUGAUGAUGACAAGGAGGAGAAAGAGGAGAAGACUGACGAGACUGUAGCUGGAUCCUCAGAUGCCGCUGGGAACUCCAUUGCUGGGCUAGAAGAAAAAGAAGCGCCAGGAAAGACCAUGGGAGAGUGGAGCGCUCCUGUGUGCCGUGGGGAGCUGCGGCGGUGGAGGCGCGGGGAUUACACCAUCGUUCACGACACCGACGUGGGGAACGCAGAGUUCGCACUGGACCUGCUGCUCUUCCUCGGCUGCGAAGACUGGCAGACAGAAUAUGGAGGAUUUACGUCAUAUAUUGCAAACGGAGAGGAUGAAGAGCUGUUGACCAUCUAUCCAGAGAACAACUCCCUGGCCCUGGUUUACAGAGACAGAGAGACAUUAAAGUUUGUAAAGCACAUUAAUCACCAGAGCUUGGAGCGUCUGAGGCAAAACCCAGACAGACAAGGAUUCUAUGACUUCUCCUUUGUUUACUAUGAAUGAUUAAAAACACCCUGAACUGUA